AUGAUGUUCGUUGACGGGAUCUUACAAGCCAUUUUACAAGAACCCUAUUAUUAUGGAGAAAGUAAUUGGUUGAGUAGAACGAUCAUUAAAACAGAUUUUCUGACAUUCGUGUACCUGGAUCUGUUCUUGUUGGAAAACCAGUUGCCUUAUCGUGUUCUUGAGUUGUUGAUCACGAGCUCGAGCAGCAGCAAGAAGGGUUUGUCCAUGAGAUUGAUCGAAGGGUUCAUUGAAGCAAAUUUUGUUACUAUUCCAGAAGAGAUGGAACAACGAUUGAAGCAGGAAGAAGAACCGAUCGACUUUUCUCCUCGUGGGUUUCGUAAAGCGAAAGAGCUUAGAAAUUCUGGGACUUGGUUCAAACAAAGUGAAAACGAUCUCCUCACGGACUUUAGUUUCAGCCGCACAGGCUUCAUCGGAAAACUAUGGCUGCCACCGAUCAGGGUGGACGAGUCGACGGGGCCAAUGUUCAUGAACUUGAUAGCCUAUGAAAUGUGCCCGGAUUUGGAAAACGAUUCUGUAGUCACCUCGUACGUUUGCUUCCUUGACUCGCUCAUUGACGAUGCCGGAGAUGUUCAGGUAUUGAGAGACGAUGGGGCAGUCUACAAUGCGCUUGGAAGUGAUGAAGAAGUGGCUAAACUUUUGAACAAGAUGAGCACCGUCUCGGUUCCCAAUCCGGAAAUUUACUACGACGUGAAACGGCAAGUCCAGCAGCAUUGUCCGACAAAGUGGAUCAGGCAUGCAGCUCAAGCUUAUCUCACCUAUUUUAGCAGCCCUUGGACCUUUAUAGCAUUUGUGGCCGCCAUUGCUGUACUUUUCCUCAGUUCUCUUCAAACUUAUUACACCAUUAUUUCAGCAAAGUAAGUCUUCGUU